GACGACUUUGCUGUUUGAGUAAGCCGACAUGGUAGUGCGCUAACAAAUUUGUCAGUUGAAUCGGUUUUUGGCGAUGCUGUAUCUAAUAAGGUUCCCUCGAAGUGAAUACAACAGAGCUGUGACAACCGUGUUUGGACCGUGUUUGGUUCACGGUCCAUGUUAGAGAACUUGCCGCAGCUGUCUGCAUCAUAAGGUGUCAAAGGAGUCCCUGCCGAGGCUGAACUUGACGCGUAAUUAAUCGAUGGUUCAUCGACUGAUGGCAGGCUGCCAUCCAAGAUAACAAUCAAACAUCGCACGGGGAUAUUACCUCGGACCCAGUAGCUGACGAUUAUCGAUCAAUUGAGUCCGGAGAGCCAGCCGCGGAACCGCAGACGAGUAGAAGAAAAAUCUGACCCGAUCAGUGAAAUUUUGUUAUAGUGUUUAACCGAGCGACGACAGUACGAGAAAAAAAGGCGUUCGAGCGAGAGAAAAAAGGAGGGUGUCGAAAAGUUUGUCCGUUUUUUUGUUAAUUUAUUGUUGCGGGUUCGGCGGAGCACUGCGUGUAAAGUUGUGAGAGAAUCUCGUUACAAACGGUACAAACCGGAACGACGACGACGAACACAACGCGGACAGACAAUGGCAGUUAGUUAGAAGUGUGUGCGACACGGGUUUUAUUGUGAGUUGGACCCUAGCAGCAGCAGCCGCCGAAGCAGCAGAGGAAGUGGAAGGAAAAGCGACGCGACGCCGGAGAAGACGACUGCUGUUUGCACCCAGAGGGCCUCCUCUACUAGCUGGUGGUUCCUCCGCCGGAGAAGGAAAAUUUGACGCGUAAAAAAACAAGGGCGGAAGUUACACUUCUCACACUCACUGAUAUAUAUAAAUAGUUUAUCUACUACCUACUGUUACUACUAAAUCUACUACUACUACUACUACCACCACUGAAUACGCUCUAGUGAGAACAAACAAGAAGAGAAAAUUAGUGUUUAGGAAUUCGUUAAAAAACAGACAAAAUCUACUAACAUCCCCAACGCUUUAAAACCUUCAAACAAAAAAGAUUUAAAACAAAAAAAAACAUACCGAGAAGUCGGGGAUAUCUCGAGCAACUCGAUAUUAAAGUAAGUUAAAUCGAAGUUAGUAACUAAACAAACAAAUAAAAACAAGAAUAAAAACCAACCCAAAAUGGCGACGAUAGACGGACGACCGGCGCAAUACCAGAUCACACUAAAGAACCUGCGUGAGAUCAUGGAAAACCGGGGACGAGAUGCGGUGGCCAUCGUGAGCGAGUACGGCGGAGUGCACGAAAUUUGCCGAAAGUUGUACACCUCCCCGAACGAGGGGCUAAGCGGUUCGAAGGCGGACAUCGAGCACCGGCGGGAAACGUUCGGGUCGAAUAUUAUCCCCCCGAAGCCACCGAAGUCCUUCCUGACGCUGGUGUGGGAAGCACUGCAGGAUGUGACGCUGAUCAUCCUGGAAAUUGCGGCCAUUAUUUCUCUGCUGCUUUCGUUCUACCAACCGGCGGAUGACGAUGAACCUGCGCUUGAAGAGGAAGAGGAACACUACGCGUGGAUUGAAGGUCUCGCAAUUCUGGUGUCGGUGUUUGUGGUAGUCGUAGUGACGGCUUUUAACGAUUACUCCAAAGAAAAGCAAUUCCGAGGGUUGCAGUCACGAAUCGAGGGAGAGCACAAGUUUUCGGUGAUUCGAGGUGGCGAUGCAGUUCAGAUAAACAUCGGUGAUAUCGUAGUCGGAGACAUCUGUCAAAUCAAGUAUGGCGAUUUGCUACCAGCCGAUGGAAUAUUGAUCCAGAGUAACGAUCUUAAGAUUGACGAAUCGUCACUGACGGGCGAGUCGGAUCACGUGAAGAAAGGUGAAGGCACAAAUCCGAUGGUACUGUCCGGAACGCACGUGAUGGAGGGAAGCGGCAAAAUGGUGGUGACAGCGGUCGGUGUCAACUCGCAGGCUGGAAUCAUCUUCACUCUGCUGGGAGCGGCUGUUGAUGAACAUGAGGCGGCAGCGAAGAAGCAGAAGAAAGACGCCAAGAAAAAGAAACUGAAAGAUGGUGGCGAUGAAAUCACGAACAACAGCCACCACCCGUCGUUGAAACCCCAGACGACGGUGGAUUCGAUCACCUCCGAUGAUGGGGACGAGGCUAAAGCCGGUGGCGGAGGUGGUGGUGGACAUGGUGGCAAGGAAAAAUCGGUUUUACAGGGAAAGCUAACCAAGCUGGCAAUUCAGAUCGGAUAUGCCGGUUCGACGAUCGCCGUGUUGACGGUUAUUAUUUUGAUCGUCCAGUUCUGCAUUCAAACCUUCGUCAUCGAGCAAAAACCGUGGAAGAAUUCGUACGCUAACAAUCUGGUCAAGCAUUUCAUCAUCGGUGUGACCGUACUUGUCGUUGCCGUUCCAGAAGGUCUCCCAUUGGCCGUCACCCUUUCGCUGGCCUACUCUGUCAAGAAGAUGAUGAAGGACAACAAUCUGGUUCGACAUUUGGAUGCCUGCGAGACCAUGGGCAACGCCACUGCCAUUUGUUCCGAUAAGACGGGAACGCUUACGACCAACCGGAUGACCGUUGUUCAAUCCUACAUCUGCGAAAAGCUUUGCAAGGUGACUCCGAAGUUUGGCGACAUUCCGCGGAUAGUUGGUGAAGCGAUCAUCGAAGGUAUUGCGCUCAAUUCGGCCUAUACAACGUGUCUGAUGCCGGGACAAAACCCGGGCGAUCCUCUGCAGCAGGUUGGCAACAAGACGGAGUGUUCCCUGCUGGGUUUCGUACAGGGACUAGGCAAGAACUAUCAAACCAUUCGUGAUGCCCAUACAGAGGAUUCAUUUACACGAGUUUACACGUUCAACUCGGUGCGUAAAUCGAUGAGUACGGUUAUUCCUCGACCCGGUGGUGGCUACCGGGUGUACAGCAAGGGAGCAUCGGAGAUCGUACUGAAGAAGUGUGCUUUUAUCUACGGACAAGACGGUGUACUGGAGAAGUUUACCCGGGACAUGCAGGAGCGGCUGAUCCAUCAGGUUAUCGAGCCGAUGGCGUGCGACGGUUUGCGAACGAUCUGCGUUGCGUUCCGUGAUUUCGUACCAGGAAAAGCGGAGAUUAAUCAGGUUCACUGCGAUGGCGAACCCAACUGGGACGAUGAAGAUAAUAUUGUGAGUAAUUUGACCUGUUUGGGCGUCGUUGGAAUCGAGGAUCCAGUUCGGCCAGAAGUGCCGGAUGCUAUUCGAAAGUGUCAACGGGCGGGAAUUACUGUUCGAAUGGUUACUGGUGAUAACAUCAAUACAGCCCGAUCGAUCGCAACCAAGUGCGGCAUCAUACGACCACAGGAUGACUUUUUGAUUCUGGAAGGAAAGGAGUUUAACCGACGGAUUCGCGACAGCAACGGUGACAUCCAGCAGCAUUUGCUGGACAAAGUUUGGCCGAAGCUACGGGUACUGGCACGUUCAUCACCGACGGACAAGUAUAAUUUGGUAAAGGGCAUAAUCGACAGUAAGAUAUCGGAUAAUCGCGAAGUGGUGGCCGUAACUGGCGAUGGUACGAACGACGGACCGGCCCUGAAGAAGGCCGAUGUCGGUUUUGCGAUGGGAAUUGCCGGCACGGAUGUGGCCAAGGAAGCGUCGGAUAUUAUCCUUACGGAUGACAACUUUAGCAGCAUCGUUAGGGCGGUUAUGUGGGGUCGCAACGUUUACGAUUCGAUUGCCAAGUUUUUGCAGUUCCAGCUGACCGUCAACGUAGUAGCAGUUAUUGUCGCAUUUAUCGGUGCCUGUGCCGUGCAGGAUUCGCCCCUGAAAGCGGUACAGAUGCUGUGGAUGAAUUUGAUCAUGGACACGCUGGCAUCGUUGGCACUGGCCACGGAAAUGCCGACGGCGGAAUUGCUUUUGCGUAAGCCGUACGGCCGAACGAAACCACUGAUCUCACGCACAAUGAUGAAGAACAUCCUGGGGCAGGCUGUGUACCAGCUGGUGAUCGUUUUCGGGCUGCUCUUUGUCGGCGAUUGGUUCCUGGACAUCGAGUCGGGUCGAGGCCAGCCGCUGAAUUCCGAAGCGACCCAGCAUUUUACCAUCAUCUUCAACGUGUUCGUCUUCAUGACCCUGUUCAAUGAGCUGAACGCGCGCAAGAUCCACGGGGAACGGAAUAUCUUCCAGGGUCUCUUCACGAAUCCGAUCUUCUACAGCAUCUGGAUCCUUACGCUGCUGUCGCAGAUCUUCAUCAUCCAGUUCGGCAAAGUGGCCUUCUCGACAAAGGCACUAACAAUCGAGCAGUGGCUGUGGAGUGUGUUCUUCGGCCUCGGCACCCUGAUCUGGGGCCAGCUCGUCACGUCCAUCCCGACCCGCAAGAUGCCCAAGAAGAUGGCGUGGGGACGCGGCGAAGGAGCCGAGUACGCCGAAGCGAUCCGGCUCGGUGAGGAGCGCUACGACUCCAUGGACAAUGACAAGAAACCCCGUGCAGGUCAGAUAUUAUGGAUCCGUGGCCUUACUAGGCUGCAGACCCAGCUUCGUGUUGUACGUGCAUUUCGAUCCACAUUAGAAGAUUUAGAAGAACGUCGUUCCAUUCAUAGCUUGCAUAGUCUUAGAAGUUCACGCAGUCAUCCCGGAGGCAUGAGCACGAGUGGUACAAUGACUAGUCAAGGUCUCUCAAAUCUCUUAUAUCCACCAGGUUCCAACAUCCCAACCGGCCGGCUAAUAGGUACUAAUGUUGGCGAUCUUAAGUAUAUUGAUGAAGAUCAAAGACUUCAUAAUAAUCAGCAUAUUAUAGAGAAAUUCGCGGUUUGGACAAAAUCGACAACAGUAUAAAUUCCUUUGAUAUACAAAUGAAGAAGAAGAAGAUGAAGGGAAGAUCUCGCGCGGUUCGUUAUUUUCUAUCCAAUGUGGUUUAGAGAGCAAUACUUCUAUAGCUAGAAUAGAAAUACAAGUUUAUGUCGAAUUCGUUUUUACGGCAGGACUAUCCCGUCCCGGACUACGCUUUGCAGCUAAAAAAAAAACACUUCCCGAGCAGUAGCAAUGCUGUGCGUAAUACCAAAGGUAGCUGUCCCUUUUUUUUGGUCAUUAUCGCCAUUGUCUUUUAUCGCGUUUGUGCUACUGUACGAAAAAUUUGCCAAUUUACUGAAAAAUCACAAAAUAACAAAAUAAAAUAAAUAAAAUUCAACCUGAUGUUUGACACGCGAAGAACAAUAAUCAAAGCAAACCGAUUUUGACACAUUUUUUUUUAUUUUGACACAUACGUGUGAAUGUGUUGGUGUCUUCAAAACUGCACUCUGUUUCUUGCGCGGACUGUCCGGGACAGAAAAAGGGUAGUCUGGGAUAGUCCGGAAAAUGUAAAAAAAAACAGUGAUAGGACAAAGUGUAGUCCGCGGGGUAGCUACACCGCAAAAACGAAAACGACAUUAGAAAGCGUCCGACAGAAGAGGGAGAGAGAGUGCAAAAGAUAGGGGCGAGCGCAAAUCACCGCGCGGCAGCCGACCGACGACAGAAUGCAUUUCGUUCAGAGUAGAAAGAAAAUAACCUUGAAGCUGUAUGUUGCGUAUCCGUAGGGUUUUUUCUCGGCAAGAAAAACAAACAAACAUACAUAAACAAACAAACAGUAGUAGGCCAUCUAGAACCAAAAAGAACCAAGAAAUACAGGCAGCGACCGACCGAGCGUCAGCAGAGUAGCAAGCCGAGUAGAAUUUAUCUGCCAAAACGAGCAGCGCAUAAAAGGAAAUGAAAUUGGUCACAGCUUGCUGUGAUUUGCUGGACAAGUCGAAUUAUCUAUAUCAUAAACAAAGCAAACAAAACCCUCAAUCGAGUUUAACGGUUUAACGAUAAUAUUAAAAAAAAAGAAAAUAAGACGACACGCGAAAAACAUGAGUAUUAUGUUUGAUGAACAGAAACAUACAAACAAAGCUAUUGGUAUGGUAAGAAUUUAAAAGAUGACUUAUGAUACAACCACACUUACCCCCCUCUCCCAUCCACUUUCCCUUUCCACAAACACUAGAUCAAAGCAAGUCACAUUAGAUUUUUACUUCGAAAUCUUCACUCGUCAAUGUUUCAUCAAACAUCCCCCGUCCAUUCAAUCUAACCCUUCCCUCCUUCAUUCACAAACAAUGGUAAACUUUUCCCUGGAAUGGAAAGGCACUUAAAAAUACAAGAGAGGACUAAAUACACUUAAAACCAUUAUUCAAGAAAAACAGAUAAUGAACUUUGCAAUCGUAAUUCGGAAAGUUUCAGGGUACUGUUUGUUCUUUAUUUUGUAAAUUGGAUAAUUAAACUACCGUAGGAGACAAGCAAAGAUAUGAUAGUUCAAUUAUAAGUUAAUGGAUACGAUAUAAUUAAUAAUAGUUUUCACCACAAAAUAAUUACACAACCAAGAAAAAAAACAAAAGAAAUAAGCGAAUAUAAGCAUAAUCGUUAUACAUUGGUGAAACAGAUUGCAGUGGCAUUUAUGAUUUGACUUUGUUAGUGUUUUUUUUCUUCUAUUAACUCUUCAUAUGAAGAAAACAAACAAAAAAUUGACACGUGUAUAGUCUAUGUUUACAUUUAUACUUUUAAGCCCUGUUGAUUUACCUUCCAUUUUCUUCUGAUAAAAUCGUUGAUAAAUCGUAUAUACAUAGAGUAAAAGAAACAAAAAAAAAUUAAAGCACUGUUUUUCUGCCUUAUAGUUAAGAACGAUUGAAAAGCGACAAAGUCUUGAAUCGACCUAGUAGAGGUGAAACACCUUGCAAAAUACAAAAGAAACCAAAACAAAACAAAAAAAAAUUCCAAAAAAUUUAUGAGCAAUUAGUAAAUAUCAAAAGACAGCUUACCCCCCGAAACAAAAUCAAAAACGAACAAAAAAAGAUAAACAUAAACAACCGACAGCGAGGGUGGGAGGAUUGGCACAGACAAACACACUCUCACACUCACUUACACACACCCACACACUCUCCCUCAGUACUAGCGAACCUAUACAUUAGAGAAGUGACAAGACACUCACCGUUAAGGCAACUGUCAACAUCAAAACGGAUAACGGCAAUGCAAAUUUAUACAGCUCACCCGUUUUGAUGUUGACAGUUGCCUUAACGGUGAGUGUCUUGUCAUUUCUCUAAUGUAUAGGUUCGCUACUCAGUACACAAUGCGGCGACGAUUUGACGGAACGUGGAAGCGAGAGAAAAACAAAUUGGCAACAGAAACAAAAAAAAAACAACAUCCUGUCAAACUCGAACAACCUGUGCAGUGUGCUGAGCGGAAACCGUCUCCUCGCAAUCGCCCGUGUUAUUGUUGUUAGUUUACUGUUCCAGCUGCUUAAACUGUUCGGUUACUGGGCUGUAAGUCCAGAUGACCGAAGUUUUUCGGGGUGUCCGGGACCAACCACCCCGCGCACACCCGGGUUAGAAGGAUACUAAGCGAUGAUGGCGGCGCAUUUUGGUUUGUUCGAUUUCUUUCCCUUUCCUCCUUCAAUUGUUAUAGGGGUCGAGCUGUGUUGACAUGCGUCUGCGUAUCUUAGUUGGCGUUGGAUGGGCCAACCAGCCCGAUUAUCCAGCAGACCUACUUUGUUAACAGCGUAUUUCCACAGCUUGCUUCUCACCUCCUCUUUUCAAACGACUGACAAAUUGGAAUAUCACCAUGAAACCACUCUACACUUUUUGAUUCCGCCGACCAGUGGAAAAACUGUACCAACUUCCAAGACGACAGAAAUGCAAGCGAGGAUCGUGCAUCUGAAUCAUUAGGUAGUGUGGAUCGUAAUGCACGACAGGAAAAGAUUAACCAAAAAAACGCGUGUGAGUCUGCAGUCUACAAUCAGCAAAAAGACCAACGGCAAACGUCAUAUGAAAAAUGUAAAAAAGUGAAAAUAAAACUUCAGAAAAAUGGUAUGCAAUAUGUAAAACCCUUCAGUUAUCACCGAGAAACAUUUGUAUGAUUUGUAUGAAAUUGUUGUAAAAUAUCCGUACAAAUUCACAGUUCACACAAUUAAUUACCCUUCGUUGCAGGCCUUCAAGAAAAUCGAGUCCAGCUUCCCGCAGUUAAAAAAAAAGUCAAACUAUCAAACGAUCGCUUGAAAAACUGAACACCUUUAAAUAACGGUAAAUUUUGAAGAGAAGAAUGAAUUAAUUUCGGCCCUGAAAAGAAAAACGAACUGUUAAGGUAAGAGUUUCUUUUAAGCGACGAAUAUUCUAACCGCUUACCUUUGUGUAUCGUUACUCGUGAAUGUUCUCCAAAUUGACACGCUGAUGAUGUCGACUGGUCGGAUCAUUGCAUUGACAAAAGCGUGAGGUUUUCUUGGCUUAACUUUCCGCAAAUAUUUUGGAAAAGUCAUAAAGAACAAAGAUCCGCGCAGUGGUUUUUAGCUUAAGCAUAGUUUACAGUUCCAAGCGAAGUGAAAAAUUUGACAGGUGAAAAAGCGUAAAUUUUCGCUUGCGAAAUCUGUCGUGAAAACCCGUUUGUGGAACACGCAGGUAUUUCAUCAGCCUGCAGUUUACAGUUUAAGUGAGGCGAAAUUCACGAGUUUACAUUUCGAGCGAAGUGAAAAUUGGCUGCAACUGACAGAAUUUAAACGCACAUAAGUUUUCGCUUGCUGCUGCUUUUUUCACUAGCGUUUGCAUGCGCGAAAACAGUGAACCCAAGUGAAAAAGAUGAGAUCCACAACUUUCGAUUUCGCUGGAUCGAAUUUGUUUACAGUUUCAAGCGAGGUGAAAUUUUUCCAGGUUGCUUUUUUCACGAGCGUGAAAAAAUGAACAUUUUGUAUGAGAUUUUCACUUCGCUUGGAACUCUAAAUAGGGCUUUAUGUAAAACACUCGAGUGGGAUAUAAUUUCCCCCUGUUAUAUUGAGUAACUCUGAGUUAUUUCGAAAAAAAGACUAACUUGCCCCUCGGGUAAUACUAAUUCAAGGUUAUUGUUUUUGUUAUUUUGAUCUGUUGAAUAGUACGUAAUUUUUUCUAAGUCUUAACCUUUAUUUUGCAUAAAAUGAGAUACGAAAAACAAACAUGCAUUUUCAUCAAUUCAUUCUCAUCAAAAUCAGAUGUUGCAUGGGAACUUUUCUUAUCGCCAUUUUGUUUGGUGAAAAGGUUUCAAGUUGGAAGUAUUUGUUUGGACUUUCGAUUUAACUGUAAUGUUGUUUCAUGUUAAAUCGAGAUCGGAUUAAUCUAAUCCUGCUGUCUGAAACUCAUUCAAAAUAGAAAAAAUGAACAUUUCCUGAGUUAAUUGUUGGUAUUAAAACUCGACAGAAUCAGACUUAAAGUUGGGUUGUAGUGAAAUACAAAGGACGAAGCUUAUUUUACUGUUGAUGUUACCAAUUUUGUGGAGAUCGAAAUAGGUUGAAGGACUAUUUAAACAAGGAAGCUUUUUUUAAAUUUGCUGUAAAAACCUUGAGGACAACUUUUCCAAAAUCGUAAACAGUAGGUGCAUAACUACGUUCUCGCUGUUUUUUUUUUCAAACAAAAAUGCAGUUUGAUUGGUGGGUAACUCUCAAUACCGAAGCAAGCUGUUCCUGCGCUUGGCAUGAAUCGCCAUCUUCGAAGGUUUUCGGCUUUCAUUUAUGCGGAGUCACCACCAUCGAAAUCACCAUGUGACGGAACCAAUCAAAACACGAUGUUACACUUAGAGCAGCACUUCACUAAACAUUUUUAACUCUCGAUGUACUUCAGCUGCCGUAACAGUCCCUGCAAAUGAUGAUUUCUCAUAAAAUCAGGCAUUUUAACACUUACUUAGAGUAUAAAACGCAACACAAAAUUACUAAUGUGUCACAGUGGGUUGUUUACUAUAUGUCUUAGCUUGGUUAAGAGAUAUCAAAAUCGAGCAGCAUUUACUACUGGUGCCAUCUAACAGUGAGAACUUACCUCGUAGAAAUAACUCGAAUUUCAGGUAAUAUGUUUAGAAAAUGUUUUGUAGAGUUUCUUUAUUUUGUUUUGUUUUUAUUGACGAGGGGCAAGACAGUUUUGCUUUAUGACAAGAUUUGUCUUAGAGUUACUGUGAUUUAUUCUAAAUGGUUCUGUGAAACUUGAAUUAGAUGCAAGAUUGAGCGCCAGUUUUUUUCGGUAUUUCAUCUGAAUUCAUUUCAAAUCUAGUGGCAACUCCUAGUUUUUGAAGUUUACUUAGGUUUUUUUUUCAGAUUACUCACUUUCGUUUCUCUUCGUUCACUGAAGAGACAUUUACCGGACGUUUUACCUAAAAGUAAGAGUGUUCACAAGUAACGAUUUAUAGGCGGGAUAAGCGGGAUUGACUCUUAAAACAAAGCAAACGAUGUCUUUACUCUGGCAAUAUUUUCUUUGGGAAGCACCGGACAUUCCUCUUUCAAUAAAAAUCUAACAAUUACUUGCUUCCAGUGUUAUUUAUCUUGUCGAAGUCUUUGAGAGUUUUUUUUUUACAAAUUUGUGAACGAUCAAAAAUGCAACGGAAAAAUGAGUAUUUGAAAAUCUCGGACAAACGAAAAACAAAAGCAUCCCGAGGAGCAUAAUUUGUACCAAAUAUCGAACAGGGAACCUGAUCAGAUUUUUCCCUCUGGUUUAAGUUUGUUAUAAGCGCAGAACCGUACCGUCUGUUGAUCUUUUCGGCAGAGAAAAAAAUACAACAGCAAGCGAGCGUAAAGUAUUGUAAUCGCGCCGGAGAAAAAAUAAAACAAAAUCAUGAGAAACAACCCUUAGUAAACGUGUAAAUUAACAGCAUAGGAAAAAUCUUUCAAUAUGACCAAGUACUAGAACCAACAGCAGAGGAUAUAGUAGCAAAUGGUGCUGCAGAAGCGAAUUAUUGUAAAUGAUUAAUAAUUAAAACGUAUAUAUAACUGAAGAAGAAAAAUCUAAAAUAAUCACGAUGGUCGAGAUAUUUACGCAAUAAAACACAUUUUUACAUUAAGGAGGAAAUAAAAUGAAAACAAGAUAUUUUUACUGUUGCAUACAAUUUCCCAAACCAAGAAAAAAUAAGGAGAAAAUUAAAAAAAAAACGUCACAACUUUCCCUCGGCGAAAGAGACGCAAAUGUUAGCGAAUUAAAUGAGAUUCCACGUGAGCGAAGUAAAAUAAUAAUAAAAAAACAAGAACCCGAUUUGUUUGAGGUUACCUACCAUUUAAGAUAAACCUAGAGAUAAACCAAUGAGAGAAAAAAAAAAAAUAAAAACAGCAAGUUGAAAUCAUUAGAAAAACAAAAAAACUAAAAUCAAGCGUAGACAGAAAAAAACAACAUCGGUUCUUGACUUUAAAUCAAAUUGGAUUAAGUUUCGUGUUAUUAGACAAAAAAAAAACAAGAAGAGAGGCAACACACUGUUGAUUUAAGCGCAAAAGUAAAUACCAUGAAAGCGAUAGCGUAUUAUAUAUUAAAAUACAAAACAAAAAUCUAGUCUACUAAAGUCAGUAAAAUAAACCAAUAAACGCAAGGGAUUAGUCAAAAUAUAAGAAGAAAUAAAGAUGGCGAAGGAAGAGCAACGUCUGGUGAUGAACAGCUAGUGUAUAGAUGGAAGGUGAUACGAUAUGAUAAAGCAAAAUACUAAAUACUAAGUCUUUAGUCGGGGUAAAAAACGCUUGGGCGGGGAACGGUAGCGCGCGUUACUGGAAGAGAGGGCCACUUCCUCAUAUAUGAUGAGAACGUGCCGUUGCAGUAGACCAGCAGACUUGCUACGACGAAUCUGUGAUAGGGAAGCUAACGUUUCUUCUCUCUUUCCCUUUCCUGUGUUGUUUGCGAUUUUUCAUUUCGUUUGCUGUUGUUGUUGUAGUUUUUGCCGAUACUUUAGAUAUGAAAACUUCCGCUGUGAAGUAUGUUUUAGAUCCGUCAUCAGAAAUUUGUUUUCGUUAUACGAUGACGUGUGCAGUAUCUUGUGUCUUCAGUUCAUGGUCUACUGCGACGCACAUAACAGCAGAAAGGCUUGCAGUUUGCCGUGUGUAAAAUGCUAUCAAUUUUUUAUUUGUUUGUGGUUGAAUAGGUGAGUUGCUCUCGUUAUUUGCUUCAACGUGAAAGACAAGAGGCACGGCAGUUUUUGUUUUUGACGAACGCCGCCUACCGUUUCUCGGGGAGAUUAACUUAACUAACUAAAUAAGCAUUUUUAAACACUAACAUCAUAAUUACGAGAAGAGAAGCGAUCUAGGGAGAGUUCACACACAAAGAAAAAAAAAACACAUUCUACUGUGCACAUACAUUUAAAUGAAAUGAAAAUACGAAGUAACACCAAAUUAAUCUCCCACACGUAAGAGAUAAACAAACACUUGACACCGUUCGUACACAUUUAUGGACAUUUAUAUUUCUAUAGGAACCAACAAAAAAAAUCGAAGAUUUCUUCAACAUAUGUGUGUGUAAUACUUACGUCACCUAAGAUGAAAUAACUCGAUUUAAAAACUAAUUCAUAAAUAAAUGACACUUCGAACUCAUAUGCUAAACACAUCAGUUUGUUAGCGAUUGUUCACUGACACUAGAUAAGAGAAUAACAAAAACACAAAACCUACGGCAUCUUAAACGGGGAGAAAAGCUUGCCUCCUCAGCCUACUCCUAGCGCCCCCCCCCCCUGUGUAAAACCCUUAGCAAGUUUAGUUUACCGUCUCGAUCCACGAUUUUCUUUGCUUUGAAUUUAAACGUUUUACUGAAUAUUAGCCAAAGGAAAAAAAUAAAACAUACGAUUGUUAGGAUACAAGUAAAACAAAUAAAAAAUCGCGGGUAAACCAAGCAAGAACCGUAGCAGCGUUGAUUAAGUCGUGUAGUAGUUUUUACUAAGAGCAAAAAAUUAUCAAGUGAUCAAACUAGUCCGACAAAAAAAAAGAAAAAUCUUAAUUAACUAAUUAACUUACUAACUAACUAAACUAAAAGAGAAAACCAAAUCGAACUGAGAACUAGACCAGUCGCAGCAAGUCCGCGCGUUUGCUUAGUUUCGUUUACCAACCGAAUCCCACCAAGCUAUUCUACUAGAGUCAGACCCCAGGAGAGAAACCAAAACAAACAACUGUCAACCACCCAUCGAAGCAAUCCACUGAGAACGGCGCAACGAAAGGUUGACCAAUCUGACCGUCGUUGUUGUGGCUCUAAGUCUUCUGUUUGCAUUUAGUGUGAUACCCCUCCUGCCCACAGACCUCCAUCACGUCCUCAUCUCCACUGGCCCCCUUCCUAAUUUUUCUUCCUUCCCUCAAACCCCGAGAACGAGGCGGACUCUAAGCUAAAUCUUUUUACGUAGCCAUUUCUCUUAUAGAAAAACUAAAUAAAGCGAAAAGUGAGAUUGUCAUUCGACAGAAUCCGGCGAGAAGAGGAAAAUUAGUCUAGCAAAAACGCGUACACAUUUCGCCAUUAACGCAAUCCGUUGCCAUAUUUUUUGACAUUGUUUUCGUUGAUAGUUAGUGGUAAGAGAGUUAUAGGUUAUAUGCCACUUUUAACUGUGUUAACAUUUCGCGUAGUUCUUGAUUCAUUUGCGUGUGCGCACCCCCGGUGGGUUUCUAGUUUUCUGAGGGAUAAGCCGAUAUCAGGCGUGUAGGUGGGAGUGCUGUAAAAAAAUUAAACAACAACAAACAUCUGUCCUUUUGUACUGUGUAUUAUACCAACUGUUAUAAUUACGCACAAGAAAAAAGGGUCACGCUUUUUGAAGAGAGAGAGAGAGGCAACAAAUUAUGCGAAUUAUGAAAACCAACGCAGCAUCCAAGCAACACGAUUCUUAUCACCACAAAUGCCAUACAUGUGUUCAGAACAAGGUAUUCCCCCCGUACAAGCAAAACCGAUAACAGAAGACAGACAGGGGUGCAGCAGAGAUCGAGAGUCCAAGCAGGGAAUGAGCAGAAAGGAAAGCCCACCGUCAGUGCGCAAUCAAAGUAAACUUGUGUAGUAGAGCUUGACGCCUACUAUGUUCCUUUUUUCUAAAAAUCUCUGCGGUCUUUUCGUCGUUAUCGUCGUCGUCGAACGGUAGGGUUUAAAGUGACCGAGAAAAUCAUGAAGCAUACAGAGAAAAAAAAACACAAACUGAUCUCCACGCCUUUCCCCAUCUUUUCUGAUAACUUCAUUCGAUUCCUCCCACGCGAAAACCAUUCUUCUGUGUCCCGCCCGAGAGCAAAGCAGACUUUAGGGAAGUAUGCCCCAAACCAAAGGUAAACCACAAAAAAAAACGAGGUAAAUCUUUACUUUAGGUUCGAGCUGGUACUUACAAAAAAGUAGUGACCUACCCUUUAGUGUGUAAAAAAAGAGAACAAAAAAUGUUAUUUAUUUUAAAUAGUUGUUACAAGCAAAUGUCAUACAGAAAAAGUUUUAUUUUCUAUUGAUCGUUUACUUGAUUCUCAUCAUGAUGUUUACUAAUUCUCUAAACAUGUAGGAGCAAAAAAAAAACGCGAAGCAAAAGCAGUGCGACACAAGAAAUGCCAACACUGAGAAGGAGUAUUAUCCCAUUUAAUUCUGAACAAGCAAAUAUUGAAGGGAAGAAAAAAAACCUAAAGUAAUGAAGUAACUAAAAGCCUUGAAAUUCACUCUAUCAAUGUUAUUCCAGUGAAAAAAGAAGGGGAAAAACCUAUGAUUAAAGGAGAAGAAAAAUCAAACGCGAAAUGAGAAUAAAAUUGUAUAGAACUUAGCCAUAAAGCAUAAAAGUUAAAAUAAAUUGAAAACCAGAUAAACGAAAACUUAAAAAACAACUCACCCACACAGCAUGUCAAAUAAAUUGAUGGCGCUCCCUCUCCCCCUCUAAAAAGUGAAGAAGCAAAAAAAAAACGCCAGUGCGAAACCCGCCAUUCCCCUUGCGACGCGCGUGCGGUGCGGAAGCGUAGUGUCAACCGCAGCCGGCAAGGGCAGUGUAUUUCCCUCGCAGCAGAACAAAAAAUACACACACACAAAACAAAAAAUAAAGGCGAACAUGUACACACUCACACAUACACACAUGCUAAACAAGAAAUAGUUUCGGAACCAUUUCAUUUCCUUUUAAGAAAAGAGAGAGAGCGAAAGUUAGAGCAACCAAAACUGCAAAAACAGAGGCCCAAAACAGCAGAAGAGAAGGAAAAUAACAAUCAAACACCGGGGGGAAAGGUGCUGCUCCCUUAGUGAGCGAGCUAAGCUAGAAACACUGAGAAACAGAGAGAGCAAGAGACAGGUAGAGAAAGGAAGAAAGAGGAUAAGCAAAGGCAGCAGCAGUAGCAGCAAAAACACGAGGGAAAAAAUCGAACUAGGAAAAGAAUUUUGAUUUUAUUGUACAUUGUUAUUAAUUAUUGAAUUUAAUCAUAGAUAUAUUACAUAAAAAAGAAGAAAAUGCAAAAAUAUAAAAAAAAUCAAAAAAUAAAA